GGGCGAGGGAAGCGGCGAUGGCGACCGGGCGGGUGCCGGGCCGGAGGGAGCGGGCGGCUGAGGGGCCGCGGGGGUGGCUGGGAGAGGCCCCCGGCGUCUGAGGUGCCCUAGAUGUUGGUCACUUUCUGGCCUCACUCAAGCACAGUUAGAGGAAUUGUAUCUGGCUCUGGCUGUAGUUGGGAUAUCCCCAUUCAGACUCGGCCAUGGAAGCAGAAAAUGAAGUGGAGAGCAGCAGCGAUGCUGCCCCUCGGCUGGGGCAGCAAGAGGAGCCCUCCGAGAGCGGCCUGGGCAUGGAGACCUCAGAGACCAUGUCUGCAGACAGCAGCGAUGCUGCCUCGGUGCCCGUCACCCUCUCGGAGGCAGAUGAAUCCGGGGUCGGCCAGAGCUCGGACAGUGGAGGGAUCUCUUUGGCCGAAGUACCGGAGAGCAGCUCCAGCACGGACGCCUUGCCCAGGGCCUACCUGCCGGACUCCUCCUCCAUUGCGCAGUCCACCCUGGUGUCCAGCGUCUCCACCGUCAGCCAGUCCGUCCUGGUCUCCCAGUCUCCCCAGGGCCUCGUUCACUCCAGCGUCCUCGCGGAAGGAGCUCCCGUCGUCUCCAACUCCACGGCCUCCACCUCCUCGGAUCUGAGUGCCGCCAUUGACAAGAUCAUAGAGUCCACCAUUGGGCCAGACAUCAUUCAGCGGUGCAUUGCUGUGACAAGCGAGGAGGAUGGCGGGGCCCAAACCACCCAGUACCUCAUCCUGCAGGGACCAGAUGAUGGAGCCCCCGCGAUAUCCCACAUGGCCAGCUCUGCCCUGGCCCGCAGCUUGGCUGUGGAAGCCCUUGCGGACGGCCCCACCUCGACCUGCGUGGAGCACCCUGGGCCCCUGGAGCUGCUGGAGCAGCCGGAGCCGCUGGACCAGUCGGAGGAGCCCGACCUGGAGAGCCUGGAGGAGCUGAUGGAGGUGGUCGUGGUGCAGCAGUUCAAAUGCAAGAUGUGUCAGCACAAGAGCGCCUCAAAGAGGGUCCUCAUCCAGCACAUGAGGGAGCGCCACUUCCAGCCAGCGUCAGCCCCCGGUGUGAAGAAAGGGCGCCCCCGGAAGGGGGCUCCUGUGCCCAAGGCCCCAGAGAAGAGGAAGGCAGAAGAAGCAGAGGAGGAGGAGGAAGACGACAUUGUGGACGCAGGGGCUAUCGAUGACCCUGAAGGGGACAGCGACUACAACCCAGCGGAGGACGAGCCUCGAGGGCGCCUGCCCAAGACCAGCAGCCGCCCUGUGCCCACGUCCAGCGAGGAGCGGCUGCGCCGGCGGCCGGGACGGCCCCGCAAGUUCCCCUGCCUGGAGGUGGUCCCUCAGCCAGAGGGUGACAACGCAGAGCCCGUGGUCUCAUCCCAGGGCCUCCCCCAGGGCGACCCCCAAGGCUCCGAGGCGGCCAGCUCCUCGGAUCAAGUUCCUUUGGGGGGCGAAAGCCACGGGGAGCAGGCCGUGAGCCAGUCCGACUCCGAAAACAGGGACCCUUCCUCCCGCGAGAAGCUGGAAGCGCUCCCCCGCCGGCGCGGCCGCCCCUCCCACCGCUUCCUGGGCAAGAAAUACCGCAAGUACAUCGGGCGAAGGUACUGCUACAAGUCAGCCAAGCCCUUGAUGCGACCCUACCUGUGCCGGAUCUGCGGCUCCCGCUUCCUGACGCCCGAGGACCUGCGCUUCCACGUGAACUCGCACGAGGCCGGAGACCCCCAGCUCUUCCGCUGCCUGCAGUGCAGCUACCGCUCUCGCCGCUGGUCGUCCCUCAAGGAGCACAUGUUCAACCACGUGGGGAGCAAGCCCUACAAGUGCGAGGAGUGCGACUACACCAGUGUCUACAGGAAGGACGUCAUCCGCCACUCGGCCGUCCACAACCGCGACAAGAAGAAGCGAGCUGAUCCGCCCCCCAAGCGCAGUUCCUUCCCCUGCCCUGUCUGCAGCCGCGUCUACCCCAUGCAGAAGAGGCUCACGCAGCACAUGAAGACGCACAGCACCGAGAAGCCCCACAUGUGUGACAAGUGCGGGAAGUCCUUCAAGAAGCGCUACACCUUCAAAAUGCACCUGCUGACCCACAUCCAGCCUGUGGCCAACCGCCGGUUCAAGUGCGAGUUCUGCGACCACGUCUGCGAGGACAAGAAGCUGCUCCUCAAGCACCAGCUGCUGCACAUUCACGACAAGCCCUACCGCUGCAGCCUCUGCCCUUACGCCACCGUCCGGGAGGACUUCCUCCUCUCCCACAUGGCCGUCAAGCACACAGGCGGGAAGCCCUUUGCCUGCGAGUUCUGCCACUUCACCACCAAGCACAAGAAGAACCUGCGCCUCCACAUCCAGUGCCGCCACGCGGAGAACUUCGAGGAGUGGGUGCAGCGGCACCCGGAGGAGCCCCCCUGCCGCCGCCGCCCCUUCUUCACCCUCCAGCAGAUUGAGGAGCUGAAGCAGCAGCACAGCCAGGGCCAGGCGGCCGCGGAGGCAGCGCCCGCCAGCUCCCCCCAGGUCACCUACCAACCUGCCCAAACCCCGCCUGCUCCAGAGCCCCCCAUCCUGACGCAGGAGCCGCUGGAGGCAGCCACCAUCAUCUACGAGCCAGACGUAGAAGGCUCUGCUGAGCUGGCCACACAGACGGCGCUGGACCUCUUGCUGAACAUGAGCAGCCAGCGGGAACUGCCCGCCAGCAGCACCCUGGAGGUGGCCGUGGUGAAGGCCGACGGCUUCUCCAAGGCCUCCGAGCCCCAAGGGCAGCCGGAGGAAGAGGAGGAGGAGGAGGAGGCCCAGACCAAGGUGCUGACGCUGCACGUCACAGAGGAGGCAGCCCUGGAGGGCACCGAGAUCCAGCAGGUCACCAUCCCCUUCAGCAGCACCACGGAGUACAGCAUCAUUGCGCCAAGCGAGGAGGAGGCCACCAGCACGCUCUACGGGGAGGGGGAGAGUGCCAGCGAAGUCGUCCAGGCGGUGGUCAGAAGCUGCACCCUGAAGCAUGCCACAACUCCCAGCAGCACGCCAGAGAGCCAGCAGCACACCGUGGAGAUGAGUGGGGAGCGGCCAGAGGCCCAGUGCAGCGUCCCGUGGCCUCUGGUCCAGUGCCUAGCCUGGCCGGCCCACAAGGCCGUUUCGCUGGCCCCCGCCGACCAGGAACCGGCCCCAGGCAAGGGCAGGCCUCCCGCCAGGCAGGGGGCGUCCAAGCAGGCCUCCGGCAACGACACUUCCCCCAAGAAGCUGCCGGCAGCCCUGGCGGGCAAGGUGCCCUCAGCCAAGAAGUUCUCCUGCAAGAUCUGCAUGGCGACGUUUGCGGGCCGAGCAGAGAUGGAGAGCCACAAGCGUGCCCACAUUGGACCCAGCGCCUUCAAGUGCCCCGACUGCCCCUUCACGGCAGCUCUGUGGCCCGACGUCCGGACCCACAUGGAGCAGCAUGCCAGCCUCCGGCCCCACAAGUGCCAGCACUGCAGCUUUGCCUCUAAGAACAAGAAGGACCUCCGGCGCCACACCCUGACGCACACCAACGAGAAGCCCUUCGCUUGCCACGUCUGCGGGCAGAGGUUCAACCGCAACGGGCACCUGAAAUUCCACAUGCAGAGGCUGCACAGCGCAGAAGGGGGGAAGCAGGCGCCUGAGCUGGCCCCCAGCGCCUCCCAGACCAUCCUCCUCAACAGCGACGACGAGGCCCUGGCCCCGCUGCAGACGACCCUGCAGUCCGGCCAGGCUGUCCUGGCUCCAGAGAGGCUCCAGCAGGCCCUGGGGCAGGAGCGCAUCCUCAUGACGCAGGAGCAGAGCGUCCCCGGCCAGGAGGAUGCUGCCUACAUCCAGGAGAUCGUGACGACGGCAGACGGGCAGAUGGUGCAGCACCUGGUGACGGCAGAGAACCAGGUCCAGUACAUCAUCACCCAGGAUGGCGUUCAGCACCUCCUGCCUCAGGAGUACGUGGUUCUGCCUGGGACGCAUCACAUCCAGGUGCAGGACGGCCAGAUCACCCACAUCCAGUACGAACAAAGCGGUCAGUUCAUGCAGGAGCCCCAGAUCCAGUAUGUCCCUGUGUCGCCAGGACAGCAGCUCCUCACGCAAGCUCAGCUGGAGGCCGCAGCCCAUUCUGCAGUGACAGCGGUGGCUGAUGCCGCCAUGGCCCAAGCACAGGGCCCGUUCAGCACAGACUGCGCAGCGGACCAGAUCCAUGAGCUCCAGCCGGGGGUCCACUAUGACAUCAUCACGCUGGGAGACUAGCAAGGGGGACCUCGUCCUCGCCCCCCGCCCCAAGCAUGGACCUCUGCUUCCUCUUGGCUCUAUGGGGGAUGAGAGGGGGCCUGGCUGCGUUGGCAAACAGGAUCAGCACCCUGUCUGGAUUGUGCCUUCGCGCCAUGACCAGGAACGCUCAGUGUGCCCUUGCCUCUCGGAAGGAGCUGCUCCCUGGGGCCUGGCAGGCCCAGCUGCCCCCACCUGCCUGCCGGCUGCCAGUGGCUGAACUUGAAGCUGUGGGUGCUUGAGCCCCAACUGUAGGCCUGGGGGGCUGGGGGCGCCUUCUCCCAUGGUGUGGGGUGUUGCUUUGCUGGCCUUGACGGCCUCCCAAUAAAGGCACAGGACUGCCUGGAAGCGA